AUGGCAGCGUGUCAGAGAGCAGCUCUGGGCCGAACGCUGAUGCUGCUGGCAGCCGCGCUCCUCUCACCUGCGCUCACUGUCUUGGGCAACGACAUCCUUGGCCCGAAGGUGGCAGGAGAUCCGGUUCUGACGCCCAAUGCAGUGUGUUUACGACUGGCGGGCCUGAGUAAGCGCCAGAUGCGGCUGUGUGUGAGCAGUCCUGACGUCACGGCCUCUGCGCUGCAGGGUAUACAGGUGGCCAUUCACGAGUGCCAGCACCAGCUCAGAGACCAGCGGUGGAACUGCUCCUCGCUAGAGAACCACGGCAAGGUGCAACAUCAGAGCGCCAUCCUCAACAGGGGUUUCAAAGAAAGUGCCUUCUCUCUGGCUGUGCUAGCCGCUGGUGUGGCUCACUCGGUGGCUACAGCCUGCAGCAUGGGCAAACUCAGCAACUGUGGCUGCGAUGCUAAGCGUCGGGUAGACGAUGACAAAAUUCGCCUUAAGCUAACUCAGCUGCAGCUUCAGACCCUGCAGAGGAACGGACUGAACCUGGUGGGAACAAGCAGCCACGCGCUCGGAUUAAAAAACAAUCACAGCAGGACACCACCCUACCUGCACUCAGCUCAUCCCGCUAGCCUCCUGAAAACUCUGCCGGAGGAGCUCACAUCGCUGCAGGAGACCUGGGAGUGGCGCGGCUGCAGUCACGAUGCCAGGUUCGGCAUGCGCUUUUCCCGGGACUGGCUGAACUCCAGGGGGUCCUCUCGGGAUAUACACGCCCGAAUGAAAAUGCACAACAGUCGAGUUGGCAGGCAGAUCGUGACUGACAACAUGAAAAAGAAGUGCAAAUGUCAUGGUACUUCAGGCAGCUGCCAAUUUAAGACCUGCUGGUACGUGUCCCCUGAGUUCCGCCUGUUGGGCUCUAUGCUGCAGGAGAAGUUCCAGUCCGCUGUCUUCAUCAACUCGCAGAACAAGAACAGCGGCGUGUUUAACCCACGUGUUGUGUCAGGAACACUUAGUUCGGAGCUUGGCAGGGCUCAGCGUCGCAGCCUUUCCAGGGAGCUGGUUUACUUUGAAAAAUCUCCCGACUUCUGCGAGCGUGACGUGACCGUGGACUCGCCCGGGACUCAAGGGCGCAUUUGCAAUAAGAGCAGCCCUGGCAUGGACGCGUGCGACUCGCUGUGUUGUGGCCGUGGGCACAACAUCCUAAGACAGACUCGCAGCGAGCGUUGCCACUGUCGCUUCCACUGGUGCUGCUAUGUGCUGUGUGACGAGUGCAGGUUCACUGAGUGGGUCAAUGUGUGCAAGUGA